CCGCCCAGCACCACUGAGCCGCCGAGCACCACUGAGCCACCGAGCACGACCGAGCCGCCCAGCACGACUGAGCCACCGAGCACGACUGAGCCACCGAGCACGACCGAGCCGCCCAGCACCACUGAGCCUCCGAGCACGACUGAGCCACCGAGCACGACCGAGCCGCCCAGCACCACAGAGCCUCCGAGCACGACUGAGCCACCGAGCACGACCGAGCCGACCAGCACCACUGAGCCUCCGAGCACGGAUUCUCCCGAAACUGGGACGGCUGAACCACCCAGCACCGCGUACCCUCCUGGAACUACUUUGCCUCCGAGUACCGCAUACCCGCCGGGUACAUCUUCACCGCCGAGCACGUCUUCUCCUGAAACUGGAAUAGCCCCACCUCCUGGCACGAGCUCUCCUCCUCGGACUUCGUCACCUCCCACCACGGUGCGCCCCAGCUCCGCGCCUGGAACGACCAAGGCACCGUGCAUCGAUGCCCCCACAAAGAAGCCCACCACCGCGAAGCCUCCUGUCACGAAAGCCCCGUCCUCGGCCUACAAGCCUGUCAAGUCUACGCCGAAGCCCCCCGCCAAGAAGAAGACGCCAGCGGCCUACAGCCCGACCAAGAAGACGCCGGCGCCGGUCAAGCCCAAGCAGAAAACUUCAAGCGCCAAGACGCCGACUCCAGCCCCCCCCUCGGGUCAAGUCAACAACUCGAAGCCCAAGGCCCAGCAGAAAUCCGAGACUAAGGCCGUCAACUCGAAGCUCAAGGCCCAGCGGAAGCCUGAAGCAAAGGCUGUCAAGUCGAAGCAGGCCAAGGUUCAGCAGCAGAAGUCCAAGCCUAAGACCAAGGCUCAGCCUAAAUCCAAGGCCAAGCCGAAGAAGGCGGCACCCAAGCCCAAGCCGCAGCCCAAGCGCAAGAAUUACGUACGCGCGGGCGGCCACUCGACCAAGAAACCGGUCGGCGGCAACAACCAGCAGUAUCGCCUAUAUUGA